AUGCUUAAUAGUAUUGCUCUAACAGCUGUACUUUCACUUUUGACGGGAGUGCAAGCUGCAAGCUAUGCACCUUCUUCAGGCAAGUGUCCAGCAUCAAAUCCACUCAUUCCACCUGGAACUGAAUCCGAUGCAGAAGGUGUCUUGAGGAAGAAUACUAUUUUAUCAGAGUCCGAGUACGACUGGAUUCUCUCGAGGAAGGAGAAGGUGAAGCCAAAGUUAAUCAGCUUUUUGAACGGCUUGAACAUGUCUGAUUACAAGGGCGACAACUACUUUGACAACUACUUCGAGAACAACGCUUCCAAUUACAGCGAUGACCCAAUCAACAUUGGACUUUCCUUUUCUGGUGGUUCUUUCAGGGCUCUUCUUACUGGUGCCGGUGAAAUGACCGCUUUGGACUCCCGUACAAACUUUUCAAGCAAUGCUACUGCUCUUCAGGGUUUGAUGGAUUCCUCAACGUACAUUUCAGGACUUUCCGGUGGAUCUCUAUUAGUUGCAUCUGUGGUUUUUCAAAAUUGGACCUCUGUUGAGAACAUUUUGGAUGAAAAGAAGAUCUGGAACUUUACUGAGGCUCCAGUGAGUACGAGUAUCUCUUUCUGGACCGAAUUGCUUUCAGAGGUGAAGACUAAGAGUGCUGCUGGCUAUGAUAUUACGCUUAUCGAUCUAUUUGGAAGAAUUCUCUCCAAGUACAUGUUUACAAACUAUGCUGAUAAUGGAAUUGAUUUACAGUGGUCGGAAAUCCAGGAUCUUGAUGCUUUCAAGAGCCACGAGAUGCCUUUUCCGAUGAUUUUGGCAACAGGUGGUGUUUCUUCGAAUGAAUCGGACUUUGCGAACAACGUGUGGGAGAUCUCCCCUUACGAAUUUGGUUCAUGGUCACCAUUCGUCGGCGGCUUUGCUAACAUUGAGUAUAUGGGAACCUCCCUGAAAGCGGGAAAACCAUCUAACUCUACAUGUACUACAGACUUUGAUAAUGCUGGAUUAAUGGCUGCUUGCUCUUCCGAUUUCUUUGGUGGAAUGAGUGAGACCUUGUCUGAGAUUACUUCUGGAAAUGCAAGUGUUCUUUCGGACCUUUUGGAAGAUUACAUGGGCUCAGGAAGUGGAUCCAGCUCAUUUAAUGUUUCAUCUUUCGAGUUGAACGCUUUGUUAAACAUGGUGAGCACUGACAGAACAGAUAUUUUGUUUGCCUUGGUUCCAAAUCCCUUCUAUGAGUCAACAUUGCCAUCAAACACCUCCGACAUCCCAACUAACAAGACAUUGAAGUUGGUCGACGGUGGUAUGUUCAACGAAUCAGUCCCAUUGGAUCCAUUUUUGGUUCCUGCCAGAGCUGUUGACAUUGUGUUUGCAUAUGAUAACAGUGGACUUUCAAGAACUGACAACUUCCCAGAUGGAUCCACCUUGCUCAGUACUCGUGAGAGGUGGCAUAAUUCCUUCCCUGAUGACAACUUUUAUGACAUUCCAGACACUGUGGAUGAUUUCAUUGCCAAAGGCUUGAAUACAAAACCAGUUUUCUUUGGCUGUAACGGUACUGAACUUGUGACCGAUCAGAUUGAGGGAAAUGACACGGAUGAGUUCAAUUACAUGAAACCACUCUUGGUGUACAUUCCAAACACAAAUACUACAUAUAUGUCCAACACGAGUGAUGUGGUUCUUUCUUAUGACCAGAGGUCAACUCUUGUUAAAGGAGGUUUCGAGGUUGCAACAAGAUUCAACUUCACUAAAGAUGAUGAGUUUGCCCAAUGCAUUGGAUGUGCAAUCUUGAGAAGAACCGAGGAGAGAAGGGGCCUAGAGCCAGGUGAACAGUGCCGUAAAUGCUUUGAGAGGUAUUGUUACUCAAGCGGUAAUGAAAAAGACUCCGAUUUGGAUGAGGAGAACUUACCAACUUCAUUGUAUGGCUCGAUAUCGACAACCGCUACUUAUUCUACAUCUAACCGUUCGGCCACAGCAACAACAACAUCAUCAGCAGCUUCUGGAUCUUCGACAUCAACUACAACGAAAUCUUCCACUUCUAAAGCAGGUGCUCUUAGAAAUGCUGUCUUUUCUAUGCCAACAGCAUUAUUAUGCCUUCUUUCCUUGAUCAUAUGA